UGGCAAAUGAGAUGGAUUCCUAAUUGAAGUUUGAUCCGAAAUAUAGGCUCUGCAAAACCCAAACAACGCCACUGUCCAACACCACCCCUUACUCUCUGCAACCUCCCUUCGCACUCUGCAAUGGCUGACGAGGAACCUGUUGAUCAGAAGAGAUAUUUUGAAGAGUCUUGCAAACCGAAAUGUGUGAAACCAUUGCUUGAAUAUCAGGCGUGCGUUAAAAGGAUAGAGGGAGAUGAAUCUGGGCACAAACACUGCACUGGACAAUAUUUUGAUUAUUGGUCUUGUAUUGACAAAUGUGUUGCACUAAAGCUAUUCUCCAAACUGAAGUAAUAGGGGAGAAUUUCUUGGUAUAUUAUCAUUGCGAUCUGUUCUAUUUUUCAUUCAUGAAUAACCGCUCCUAAACAUUUGAUUUUGUAACCAAACUAUAUGCCCUGUAUGGUCAUUGUGUUUACUGUGAAAUUUUGAACCCAUGGAGGGAGACCUUAGAUUAUGAUUAAUAAGAAUAUUAUGCCAAAUAUGGAUUCAACAUUUUUAAUA